AUGCAUUCAUUGUCAUUAAUCAUUUUUGCUGUGGUUUUAAUCAUUGCAUUACAAACCUUACCUGCAUCCGGUAAAGCUGUAAAAUCAACAGCGGCGACAACCACAGUGGGAACGACAACGACGAAACUCGUUGUAGCUAAAGUUCCUGAAAAAGCAGGAGGUAAACCAGUUACCAAAGUUGUCAAGAAAAAGAAGAAAUCAAACAAGAAAGCUAAAAAACCAAAGCAAAGUCCAUGGAAAGUGCCGGAUGCUGAUCAAAAGAAGUUAUUUAACGAUUACAAAGCCAUUCUACGCACAAAACUAACUGCUCGUGUUCAAAACAUUUCUGCAACAUAUCAGCUCGAACCAGCUAAAUAUGGUUUGCAAACAAUUGAAAAGACAGUUCUACAUCAUUUCUUAAUAAAAUUACCCGAUUCGAAAUACGCUCACGCUGUCAUUUGGUCAGAAAAGGACGCAAAGAAGCCGCUUGCAGUAAAUGAAAGUCAUGCAUCGAUUAAACGUACAAUUUAUGAUAAUCUUCAAGCAGCUGAAGCCUAA